AUGGAGGUGCUUCCACCCGCCGAGGACCACUCCCGCCUGGCGAGUGGUGAGGACGGCUUGCCAGAGGUGGAGGAGUUGUUAAUGCUUCGGCCGCAGAACUGUCGUGUGGACAUUGCGGCGCUAACUUCGCUGAUCGGAUGCAUUCCCCCAGAGAGUCUGCAUCGAGGCCAUCCUCGUCGCCAUCAUGAGAACUAUCGUCAUCAGCAUCAUCAGCAUCAUCAGCAUCAUCAUCAUCAUCAUC